GCUCGCUCCACUCCUGCUCUUUCUUUCUCAGCUCCUGGCUCCGGCGAUUUCGCUUGGAGCGUUCCUCUGCUGCGUGGAGGUGGCGGUUGCAACCACUCAGCGCGAGAGCACGGGCACGUGUUGACCGUCGCUGUCUCGGAUGUCUCCAUCCCCAUCUCAUCCGUCGCCAGCGCCAUGAAAUCAGAAGGGUGUCCAGAUUACGUGGCGCGGCAAGGAAAGGAAAAGGGUAGGCAGCCGCGCUCGGUCGGUGCUGGCUGUUCAGCUGAGCUCGCGAAGCAGCAGCAUCUCGGAGGCGGAGGCGGUUAAGCUUUAGCGACGCUUUUGAGCCCGCGGCAUCGCGAUCGUGUUAGCGCCGCGGAUAUUCGAUUCCCUCGGGAGGGAGGGCGGAGGGGGGAGGAGGCCGCCGGCUCCACGAAGCAAACCAGAGGAAGCUAACCACCCUUCCAAUCCAAAUCUGCGCGCCUCGAUCGCCGCCGGCCCGUCGCCAUCCUGCCUGCUCCGCUGCGCCUCCGUCCUCUGCCUCCCGCCCGCCUCCGCCAUGUCCGGCGCGGCGGUCCAGGCGGUGGAGCCCCUCCCGGCGGCUGCGGCAGCACCCGCGGCCGCCGCGCCUCAGCCGAGGGGGGCGGCGGGAGGGUGCGGGGGCCCCGCGCGGGCGGCGGCGACGAUGGAGCACGUGCGGCUGGCGCUGCGGGAGACGGAGGCGGAGCGGGAGGCGCGGAUCCGCGCCGUCUUCGCCUUCUUCGACGCCGCGGGGCGGGGCCACCUCGACCACGCGCAGAUCAUGGCCGGCCUCGCGGCGCUGCGCGUCCCCGUCCCCGAGGGGGACGCGGGGCCGGGGGCCGGGGCCGAGGACUACGCGCGCGCGCUGCUCCGCGCCUGCGACCGGGACCGCGACGGACGGGUCGGGUACGACGACUUCCGAAGGUACAUGGAUGACAAGGAGCUCGAGCUCUACCGCAUCUUCCAGGCCAUCGACGUCGAGCACAACGGCUGCAUCCUGCCCGAGGAGCUCUGGCACGCGCUCGUCAAGGCUGGUAUUGAAAUUGGUGAUGAAGAGCUUGCAAGAUUCGUUGAGCAUGUGGAUAAGGACAAUGAUGGUAUUAUUACUUUUGAGGAAUGGAGAGAUUUUCUUUUGCUUUACCCUCACGAAGUGACCAUUGAAAACAUUUAUCAUCACUGGGAAAGAGUCUGCCUUGUAGAUAUAGGUGAGCAGGCUGCUAUACCAGAAGGAAUAAGGAAACAUGUGAGUGCAAGCAAAUAUCUGAUUGCAGGAGGCAUUGCUGGUGCAGCAUCUCGUACUGCAACCGCACCUCUUGAUCGCCUCAAAGUCAAUAUGCAAGUGCAAACAAACCGUACUACAGUUGCACAUGCAGUUAAGAGUAUAUGGCGAGAGGGCGGUCUAGUGGGUUUUUUCAGAGGGAAUGGAUUGAAUGUGGUAAAAGUUGCUCCAGAAAGUGCUAUAAGGUUCUACACCUAUGAAAUGCUUAAAGAAUACAUAAUGAAAAGUAAAGGAGAAGAUAAGAGUGACAUUGGUACCUCUGGACGUCUCAUGGCUGGUGGGUUGGCUGGUGCUGUUGCCCAGACAGCGAUUUAUCCCAUUGAUUUAGUGAAGACUCGUCUACAGACUUAUGAACGAGGCAGGAUUCCUAGCCUUGGUGCACUAUCAAGGGAUAUAUGGAUACAUGAAGGUCCCCGAGCGUUCUACAGAGGCCUUGUUCCAUCAUUGCUUGGCAUGGUCCCUUAUGCUGGAAUUGAUCUUACUGUUUAUGAGACACUGAAAGAAAUGUCGAAGACAUAUAUCCUCAAGGACAGCGAUCCUGGCCCUUUAGUACAGUUGGGCUGUGGAACAGUCUCUGGAGCUCUAGGGGCAACAUGUGUUUACCCUUUACAAGUCAUCAGAACAAGAAUACAAGCUCAGCCAGCCAAUUCAGAGGAUCGAUAUAGAGGAAUGACUGAUUGUUUUCGGAGAACAUUACAGCGUGAAGGAUUUUCUGGAUUUUACAAAGGGCUUGUACCAAAUCUUCUUAAAGUGGUGCCAGCUGCAAGUAUUACCUAUCUUGUUUAUGAGACGAUGAAGAAAAGUCUCUCCCUAGAUUAACUAUUGUGUACCAGCAACUGAGUGUAGAGAUAGUAUUGCGCAUGCCAUUCCUGGAUAAGUAGGUGCUAACGUAACAUCUCUGAAGUGUGAGAGUAUUUUGCCCUCAAGAUAGAGUAAAAGCGGGGCAUUCUCAUUCUUACUGACAAAAAUAAAAAGGUGAUAUUAUGGUACAGAAAUCAAGGGUCCAAACUGGAAUACAGUGUACAGGCGGAAUCUCCGGCACAUAGUUAUCUGUUGAGGCGAUUUUGUUCAUACAAUUUGUGACCGUUACAGUGGGGCAUUUCCACCUUAGUCCAACUGCCUGCGCUUCUGAGCUUUUGACAGAAGCUGUCUGUGACCUUUACUGACACAGCAGUUGCCUGCGAAAAAGGUUGCUUCAUAUAUAUUCUAUUUGUGUUUACCAUACAUGUUCAGUGAUGAGCCUGUAUUGCAUCAGUGCGCAGCUCACGAAUGCGAUACCUUUUGCCUA